AUGAGCAAUAUCUCAGUGGUGACAGAAUUUAUUCUCUUGGGUUUUGCUGGCCCAUGGAAGCUUCAGUUACUACAAGCUAUAAUUUUUAUAGUAAUUUACCUAGUGGCCCUGAUGGGAAAUGGCCUCGUCAUCACUGUAACCUCCCUGGACCCAUGCCUCCACACACCUGUGUACUUCUUCCUAAGGAAUUUGUCUGUCAUUGAUCUUUGCCUCAUUUCUACAGUUGUGCCCAAAACUGUUGUCAACUCCUUGACCCAGAGUGACUCCAUCUCAUUCCUUGGAUGUAUUGUCCAGAUCUUUCUGGUGAUUUUUUCAGGAGUGACAGAGCUGUUCCUUCUCAUGGCAAUGUCUAUUGACCGCUAUGCUGCCAUCUGCCACCCCCUGCACUAUGAAGUCAUCAUGAACAGGGACACAUGUGUACAGAUGGCAGCAGUGUGUUGGCUCAGUGGCAGCUUGAUGUCAUUUAUACACACAGCAAACACCUUCUCUUUAUCUUACUGUGGACUCAACAAAUUACAACAUUUCUUCUGUGAUAUUCCCCAGUUGUUAGCUAUUUCAUGUUCAGAACAUAUAACUUCAGAAACUGUGCUUAUUCUCAUUAGUGCAGUACUGGAUCUUGGCUGCUUUAUCUGCAUCAUAAUCUCAUACAUCUAUAUCUUCUCCGCUAUCAGAAAGAUUCCCUCCAAACAAGGACAGUCAAAAGCCUAUUCCACUUGCCUCCCACAUCUGACAGUUGUUUCACUUUUCCUCACAACUGCUUUUACUGGUUAUCUAAAACCCAUUUUAGGAUGUAAAUCAUUCACUGAUCUCAUUCUAUCUGCUUUCUAUAUUAUGUUGCCCCCUUCCCUUAAUCCCUUUAUAUACAGCCUUAGGAACAAGGCUAUGAAGAGUGGUUUGGAGAAGUUCAUCAUUAGAAAGCUUUUGAGAAAAGAAAAUAUUCAUAUAUUUUGUUAA